GCUGCGCCGGCGGCGGAGCCAGAAGGGCGCUUGGCGGCGGGGCGCACGGCGCAAAGAGGCGGCCGGCGAUCGGGGCACGUUUGGAUCCGGCUGCUGCUGCUGCUGCUUCUUGCAACGUUCGCUCUCGGUUCCUGCACCCCGGCAGGGCUGGAGCCGGCAAGCUUGGCGCCCAGCCUUGCCGGACGAUGUGCCCGGCCUCGGGGCAAAAAGGUGCCCGGCGGCGUCGGUUGUUGCUGCUGCUCUUGCUGCUGUUGGCGGCGGCGGCGGCUCUGGAAGCGGCGGGCGCUUUCGGCGACGAAGAGGAACGCCGCUGCGAUGCCAUCCGCAUCUCCAUGUGCCAAAACUUGGGCUACAACGUCACCAAGAUGCCCAACCUGGUGGGCAGCCAGUUCCAAACCGACGCCGAGCUCCAGCUGACCACUUUCACGCCGCUCAUCCAGUACGGCUGCUCCAGCCAGCUGCAGUUCUUCCUGUGCUCCGUCUACGUCCCCAUGUGCACCGAGCAAAUCAACAUCCCGAUCGGCCCUUGUAGCGGUAUGUGCCUCUCCGUCAAAAGGCGAUGCGAGCCGGUCCUGAAAGAAUUUGGGUUCUCCUGGCCAGAAAACCUGAAUUGCAGCAAGUUCCCCCCACAUAACGACCACAAUCACAUGUGCAUGGAGGGGCCAGGAGACGAAGACGUCCCGCUCCACAGCAAGGCCCCCUUGCACCCUGGAGAGGAAUGCCAGAGCGUCGGCUCGAACGCAGAUCAAUACAUCUGGGUCCGGAGAAGCUUGACCUGCGUCCUCAAGUGCGGCUACGACGCUGGCCUCUACAGCCGGUCCGCCAAGGCGUUCACCGACAUCUGGAUGGCCGUGUGGGCGAGCCUGUGUUUCAUAUCCACCGCCUUCACAGUCUUGACCUUUCUGAUCGAUUCCACUCGGUUUUCCUAUCCAGAGCGGCCCAUCAUAUUCCUGAGCAUGUGCUACAAUAUUUAUAGCGUCGCUUAUAUCGUCCGGCUGACCGUAGGCCGAGAAAGGAUUUCCUGUGACUUCGACGAGGCCGUAGAACCUGUCCUCAUCCAGGAGGGCUUGAAGAACACCGGAUGUGCCAUCAUUUUUUUGCUGAUGUACUUUUUCGGCAUGGCGAGCUCCAUCUGGUGGGUGAUUCUCACCCUGACGUGGUUCCUGGCCGCCGGGCUCAAGUGGGGCCACGAGGCCAUCGAGAUGCACAGCUCCUAUUUCCACAUUGCUGCCUGGGCUAUCCCCGCGGUGAAGACCAUCGUCAUCCUGAUCAUGAGGCUGGUCGACGCCGACGAGCUGACGGGCCUGUGCUACGUGGGCAACCAGAACCUUGAUGCCUUGACGGGUUUUGUGGUGGCUCCCCUGUUCACUUACUUGGUCAUCGGCACCCUCUUCAUUGCGGCUGGCUUGGUGGCUUUGUUUAAGAUCAGAUCCAACCUCCAGAAGGACGGGACCAAAACGGACAAGCUGGAGAGGUUGAUGGUGAAGAUUGGGGUGUUUUCCGUGCUGUACACGGUGCCUGCAACUUGCGUCAUUGCCUGUUACUUCUACGAGAUCUCCAACUGGGGAAUCUUCCGCUACUCCGCCGAUGCCUCCAACAUGGCCGUGGAGAUGCUCAAGAUGUUCAUGUCCCUCCUGGUGGGCAUCACAUCCAGCAUGUGGAUUUGGUCGGCCAAGACGCUGCACACUUGGCAAAAGUGUUCCAAUCGACUGGUGAAUUCAGGGAGGGUAAAACGGGGAGCAAAGAGGGCGGACGGGUGGAUGAAACCCGGGAAAGGAAACGAGACAGUGGUAUAAAGAAAGGACAGGGACCAGCACACAUUCUCUUCCCUUCGGUAGCAGCAUCUGGAGAAGGAGCGUCAGAACGAAUCCUCUUAUUGAGAAAUAUUUUGAGUUUUUUGCAGAAUUUUGAAGGAGAGGAGAGGAGAGGAGAGGAGCAAAGGGAACUGGACCAGGCUGGGGAGGGAGAAAAAAACAGUGGCUCCACAGAGUUGUGAAGGUAGAGCCUCUUGGAUGUUUAUCAACAAGCGGCCAUUUUAGGAUUCACGGGCCUUUGCGCCUCCUCAUAACGCACCAUGUGCCUUCUCUCACUCCCUUUCUUCUUCCCCUUAUCCUCUUCUGACUCACAUUUAUCACUGUCUUGUAUAAAGUAGCACAAGAGAACAAAAUGGAGAGAGGAAGAAAUUCCUACAAAUUCCUUGCAAGGUUUGAGGAGAAUUGCUGGUGUCGGGGAAUCCUACAUCCAAGGUCUCUCAACUUGAUGUCCAGAGCAGGGGUCUCCAAUCUUGGCAAUUUUAAGACUUGUGGACUUCAACUCCCAGAGUUCCUCAACCAGCUUUGCUGGCUGAGGAAUUCUGGGAGUUGAAGUCCACAAGUCUUAAAGUUGCCAAGGUUGGAGACCCCUGGUCCAGAGCUUUGGAGAGCUGCAUAAAGUUGCGGUUUAGGAUGCAAACUUUGGAGUUCUGCAGAAUUCUUUCAACCACCCAGAUAAAGGGCCCGGGAUUCAAGCGAAGAAGUCAAAUUUGCCUUUAGCGUCAUCGACUAAAAAAACGAUUAAGGUUUCAGGCUGCAUUUCGGGUGAGGAAACAAACACAGAAUGGAAACAGGAUGUCUUUCUAAUCAGGAUGAGCCUCAAAUGACAUCAAGAUGUCACAAUGCAAGAGAUAAGGUCAUCAAAUCCACGAAACCCUUGCCUUGAUAGAUUUAUUUCAGUUUGUGGGGGGAGGAGGGGAGAAACCCCAAGAAACUUUAAAACACAAUAGUUCCAAAGAAACAUUUAAGCACAAUAGCUGCAGGAUUCUUUUCGGAUUCGGUAGGAGCAGUUACAAAAACAAGAUUAACCUUCAAACAUCACAGGAGGAUAGCAGUGAUAUCACAAGCCCCUGCAGGGGCAACAGCUGGUUUCCAAGUUCUUGGGGAAAUUUUGAGAGGUGAUGAAGUUCUUUCCUUAAAAAAAAAAACCAAAACCAAAAAAGCAACCCAGAGCAUAAUACAUCUAUUUUCCUUCUUAAUUUAACUUUCAAGUCUCACACAGCCACUAAAAAAGUUGCUGGCGGAAGUUUGGCUCAGGAAUUCAACUUUUAGCCUCAACUAUCGAGGCGGGAGUUUAACAUUUUCCAAGAAAUGGAACAAUUCUUCCUUUUUUUUUUUGUACUAAAUCCCUGCUUUAACCAAUGUCUGGCAGCUUUUUCCAAAUUGGAGGCCUGAAGGCAUCCAAUAUGUGGUGUUUCCUUUGUAGAGCUGUAGAGCUUAUGGCUUAAAAUGUUUAGCUGGUUUUUAUUCUCAAAGAGGUUAAGAGUAGAGGCGGGAACUUCUCAAUACCCAUUGCCAUGCUUUUAAAUAGCAUCUUCAAAAUGAAGCUUUUGGGGGCCUGUUUUCGCGUUUGUCGACCUUGGUCCCUUUAAGAUUGUAGGGACUUCAGUUCCCAGAAUAUCUCAGCCAGCAUGCUAGCUAGGGAAUUCUGGGAGUCCACACAUCUUAGAGGCACUAAAGUCGAGAAAUACCGACUAGCCAAUGGUAAAAUCUGAACCAGUUUGCUACCGGUUUACUGGCUCUGCAUGUGCGCUGCACGCCAAGCGCAUGUGGAUGUACAUCAAAUGUGCGCUGUGUGGGCAUAUGCAGUGCACACCAAAUGCGCACUCUGUGCGUGUGCACAUGCACAGUGCACAUCAAAAAGAGGCUUGGGAAGGUAAGUAGAACAGCGAGUGGGGAUCAGCUGUGUGGCGCGAUUUAGCUUCGCUAGACAGCAGCAUUUCCUGGUUUCUAGCAAAGCUAAACCGCGCGGCACAGCUGACCCCCCCCUCGCUGUUCUACUUAAAUUCCCAAGCCUCCUUUUGGUACGUGCUGCGCACACGCACGCACUGCGCAUUUAGUUCGAUUCCACCGAACCAAUAGCUUUUUCUUUACUACAGGUUUGCCCAAACCGGUAGUUUUUAUCACUACCGGUUCGCCCGAACUGGAGCGAACCGAUAGCAUUUCACUCCUGCAACUAGCCCAGUGCUUCUCAAAUAGUGGGGCGGGCCCCCCAGGGGGGGCGCGAGGCUCCCUAAAGGGGGGCGCGUUUGACCUCGGCAAACACUGUCAUAACAAGCUAAGCCCCGUGUUUACAGUCGCGCAGGGGGGCGCGAAAAAUGUUUUCUUCUUCCUAGGGGGGCAUGACAGAAAAUAAUUGAGAAGCACUGGACUAGCCAAUGGUGUUUAAGGUUGUGAAGAGGUGUUUUUCACCGUGCUCCUAUUCUGAACCCUUAUUUUCAUGUUUUUAAGCCGAAAAUCCUCCUGAAAUCCAUUUACUUGGCUCUCGUUUGAGGUUAAAGAUAGCCUUCAACCUGCAGACAUGCUGAGCCAAUCCACUGGUGUCACCAAAUUAAAUUCCAAGAUACAGUCUUGGGGUACAAGAAAGCCACCCAUUUGCCAACUUUUGCCUUGUGACCCUCCUGAGGAACAUUAUCUCUAAAUUUCUCCAGCUCACAAAGGCAAAAACAGUAAAAGUAGUAACAGUACAAACACAACUCCGGGACCCUGAAACCGUCAAAAAUGUGACUCAGUUGUCAAGCAUCCAAAUAUAAAAUCGUGAGACCCUGAGGAUGCUACAACAGUCGUAAGUGUGAAAAAAGACCUCAUAAGUCACAUUUUCCAGUGCUGCUGUAACUUUGAACGGUCACUAAAUGAAUGUUGUAAGUCGAGGACUCCCUGUACAGAUAAUCCUUGACCUGCCACCAUUUGUUUCGGGGCUGUUCGAAAUUCCAAUAGCACCGAAGUGACUUACGAUCGUUUUUCACCCUUACAACCGUUUGCAGCAUCCAUCCCCGUGAUCAAAAUUCAAACGUUUGCCAACUGGUUCAUCUUUAUGACGGUUGCAGUGUCCUGGGGGGGGAGGGGGGGCAGGUGGUCACGCGGAUCACCUUUUGCAACCUUCUGACCAGCAAAGCCAAUGGGGAAGCCAGAUUCAUUUAACAACCGUGUUACUAAUUUAACAUGUGCAAUGAUUCACUUAACAACUGUGGCCAGAAAGGUAAUAAAUUGGGGCAAAACUCACUUAACAACUGUCUUGCUUAGCAAUGCAGUUGUGGUUUUCAGUCGAGAACUUCCCAGUGGGGAAGCCAAAUUCCCUUAACAACCUUAGCAACAGCAGUGCUUCACUUCCUCGCUGUCGCAAGAAAGGUCGUACAACGCAGCAAAACUUACUUAGCAAGUCUCUUGCUCAGCAAUGGAAAUUUACGGCUCAGGGAUGGUCAUAAAUCGAGGACUACCUGUGCCAGAUUCCUGAUUUUUCACACGUGCAUGUGGAGAUCUUAGAAGUGGCUUACUAUUGCCACCUAAUGGUGUUUUUUUUUUUAAAAAAAAUUACUUCCCAGCACAGGGGGCUUUCAGCAGGUUCAGACCAGUUCUGGAGAACCGGGAGCGGAAAUUCUGAGUAGUUCAGAGAACCGGUAGUAAAAAUUCUGACUGGCCCCGCCCCCAUCUGUUCUCUGCCUCCCAAAGUCCCAGCUGGUCGGGAGGAAAUGGGGAUUUUGCAGUAUCCUUCCCCUGGAGUGGGGAGGGAAUGGAGAUUUUACAGUAACCUUCCCCUGCCACGCCCACCAAGCCACACCCACAGAACUGGUAGUAAAAAUUCUGACUGGCCUCGCCCCCAUCUAUUCUCUGCCUUCCAAGUCCCAGCUGAUCGGGAGGAAAUGGGGAUUUUGCAGUAUCCUUCCCCUGCCACGCCCACCAAGCCACGCCCACAGAACCCCGUAGUAAAAAAAAAUUUGAAACCCACCCCUGCUUCCCAGGAUAAGUGAUAGCCGUGGGAUCCGACCAUUUCUGAAUCUUCCUCGCUUUGCAAAGUCACCUAGCUUGGAUUUCAGGGACGGCUGGCUUAUUUUCGAGAUCCUUGCUACCGUCUCCAAAUCUGAAAAAUCUUAUCUCAAGAAAACCUGUAUGCAGCAGGGAAGCUAAUGAGCAAAAAGGGAAUAGAAAGCCACUUCUGACCAUUGUCUCUCUUCAAAGCCGGUUUUGUUCUCCGUUUCUGUCUCUCUUUUCUCUCUCUUUCUCUCUCUUCCUCCCCCCAACCCCCUCCCCACCCCGCCAACCCGGUAAGCUAAUCUAGCCCACCGCUGGAGACCCAUUGCAUUAAAGCAAUUAAGGCUUAAUAUGUUUCACCCUGCGCGAUUACAUCUGUGUUGACGCCAGUCUGGGCAAACUGAAAUGUUACGUUCCUUGGCAGCUUUGCAUUCACACGGAUCGGUUGCAUAAUUUGUGUGUCGGUUACAAUUAAGGGGACAUUCCCCAGGCCCAGGGGAGGGAAGCGCAGCUGACUUACACCUCCGAACUCAACAAAAAAAAAACUGGGAAGGUUUUCACUUCAAGAGCGCGUUUACGCUUUUUUUUUUUUUUUUUGGCCUUUGGGUCAAGGAAUAUCAGGGUAGCUUUAUUUAAAAAAAAAAAAAUCCCUCUUUUACCCUUAAAAGAAAAGGAAAAAAAAAAAGCUGGAGAGAGAAUAAAAUGCAGAAGAUGGAUGAAGUUUUAAGAAUUUGGUGGCUUUGUUAUUUACUCCGCCCUGAAAGGGUUUUGGUGGCUGUGACCCAGUAGUGGGUUUCUCUUACCUUCGCUACCGGUUCGCAACCGGGAGCACGCACUUGUGCGCACUUGCUUCGCUCGCGCGCGGCACUUCUGCGUAUGCACAGAGCGUCCGUGAUGACGGGCGGGUGGGCGGAGCCUCCCGCUGCUGCACAACCGGUUCUCCCGAACCGGGGCGAACUGGUAGAAACCCACCACUGCUGUGACCCCUUGGGCGGCUUUUGAGUCGAGGAAUUUAGCUGGUUGGGAAGCUGGUUUAAUUCUUAAUUUUUAUUUUCCAUCUGAAGAGGAUUUCCUAACUUCCACACACAACACUAGUUCCAUCAGUCCUUGAGUCGCUGGUUAAAAAAACAACAACCGUAUUUCCACCAGCCCAGUUUUGCAGGGCAGAUCAAUGCAUCAUUUUGUACUCGGGGUUACCGCGUGGUAAGAUGGGCGGCCGAUAAAUUUUAUAAACAAACAAACAAAUAAAACCUUUCAUGGUGAGGAUUGUCUAUUGCCAGCGUGGGGGGUGUUCAUUUCCAAACAGUCCUCAACUUAAGCGCAAUUGGGACUGGAACUUCCAAUGAGGCUGCCGUUCACCAGAUUGUGCCCAAUUUUAUGAACGGCUUCGCCAAGUUUGUUAAGCGAAUCAUCCUGGUUGUUAAAGUGAAUCCGCCUUCCACCAUUGACUUCGCUUGCGGGAAGGUCACAAAAAGGCAAUCACGUGACACCCCAACCCCCACAGGAUGCUGCAAUUAUUAUAAAUACAUGCCGGUAGACAAGCAACCCAAAUUUUGAUCACAUGACCUUGGGGAAUCCUGCGAUGGUUGUAAAAGCGAGGAGCGGUCCGAAAUCAAAAAAAAAUUUGCAGCGUCAUCGUAACUUCGAACAGUCGCUAAAUGAAUGGUUAUACAUCAAGGAUAAUAGUGGAAUGGAGGCUUGUUUUUUUUAACCUGCAGAGUUGCAGCUUGCUCUGCCAUGUACCUGCCCUGUUUCUCGCUGAAACGCAUGGCAGCUUUUAGCGUUCCCGGUUGGCAUUAGGGGAGAACCGAUGCGUAAAUACCUAUUUCGUUUUCUGCUUCUCACUGCUCACAAAACGACCGGUCACAAAACCUGACCCUUCUACUUCAUUUCUUAACUGGAGGGUCUUGUAUUUUCCUUUGAUUCAAGGGCAGACCUCAACUUGCGACUGCGUGAAGUUACGAUGGACCCCAAAAAUGAAACAAUCUGAAAUUCGAAGUUUUGAUGUCCUGCGUGACACCCCACCCCCCCAGUCAUGUGAUCGCAUUUUGGUUGCUUGGCAACCAGCCUGCAUUUAUGGCCGUUUGCAGCACCCGGCUACAGUCAUGUGACCACGAUUUUCAAUGUUUUUGUUGGAAAUCGGUGUUGACUUCUGGUUCCCAGCAAAAACAACAACAACAACAACCGUUUCACAAUGAACAAUGGGCUAGCACAAAAAAAGCUUGUAAAAUCAGGUGCGCUCACAUUAUGCAAGUUAUGACCAUCAUAACUUGCAACCGAAUUUAUGAGUUCAAUUCCGGCCAUAAAAUGAGGACUACCUGUAGUUAAAAAAAGACCUGAGCCUUUCUACUCCUGCUUUUUUUUUCUUUUUCUUUUGAAAAUCCUCUUUCAAGCAUGCUUAUAGAAGCGACAGAAAAGACCUUGCAUUCUUUUUGGCUUCUAAAAUUUUUAUUCUUCGAUCGGAAAUCCUAGCUUGCCGGCUGGGGAAUUCUGGGAGUUGAAGUCCGCGCAUCUUAAAAAAGUUGCAGAGGUUGAAAAACCCUGAUUUUGAAGAAAUAUUAAAAAAAACAAAAAACCUGAUCACCAAACUACCUUUUUAGAUGGCCGGUGUUUUAUAUAAUCAUUUCUAAAUAGGAAGUUCUUUCCCUUUAUUGUUCCAUCGGUAAUCCUAGCGUGCUGACUGGGGAAUUCUGGGAGUUGAAGUCUGAGCAUCUUAAAAGUUGCAAAGCUUGAAAAACCCUGAUCUUGAAGAACUAUUUUUUUUUUCAAAAAAAGAAAAGAAAACCUGAUCGUUAAAUUCCCUUUUUAGGUGGCCCAUGUUAUGUAGGGGGGAAAAGUUAUUUGUGAAAGAACAAACCAUUCCCCAUUGUAAAUUUGCUGCUAAGUUGAAAAGUGUGAUUAUUAUUUUUAUUUUUUGGUCAUUGGUUUCAUUUUGCAUUUGCAAAUUACAAAAUGAUGAAGGCAGAAAGGGCAACAAUGUGAAGUGGAUGAUGUCUUUUCGAAGCGUAUUGCCAUCCCACAUCUUAGCAUGAGAUGUUUGUACCCUAGCAUGAGACGACCGCAUUGGUGGAUCUGUGUUCUACAGGUACCUCCCAACAGGUACCCUGUUUCCCCGAAAAUAAAACCCAACUGGAAAAUAAGUCCAAAAUAAGCCCCAGUUAUGAUUGUCAGCCAGAUGGAUGCAUUUAGUACCAUAUUUCCCCCAAAAUAAGACCCAACCAGAAAAUAAGUCCUAGCAUGACUUUUCAGGAUGCUCGUAAUAUAAGCCCUACCCCCAAAAUAAGCCCCAGUUGUCGGCCAGAUGGAUGCAUUUAGUACCGUAUUUCCCGCAAAAUAAGACCCAACCAGAAAAUAAGUCCUAGCAUGACUUUUCAGGAUGCUCGUAAUAUAAGCCCUACCCCCAAAAUAAGCCCCAGUUGUCGGCCAGAUGGAUGCAUUUAGUACCGUAUUUCCCCCAAAAUAAGACCCAACCGGAAAAUAAGUCCUAGCAUGAUUUUUCAGGAUGCUCGUAAUAUAAGCCCUACCCCCAAAACAAGCCCCAGUUAAGGUUGUCAAACCAGAUGGGUGCAUUUAAUCCCGUAUCCCCCCCCCAAAAUAAGACCUAACCAGAAAAUAAGCCCUAAUGCGCCUUUUGGAGCAAAAAUUAAUAUAAAACCCGGUCUAAUUUUUUGGGGAAACACAUUAUAUGAAUAAAAAGUUCGUGGAAGUGCAAUUUGUGAACCUUCCUUUGACAAAGGCAGACAGCCUCCUUUGUCACAGUCUGCAAGGUUUAAGGGGAGUGGGGACUUGGAGAUACUCAAAGCUCUGGAAGGAGUAAAGCCACUGGAAUUUGACCUUAGUAGACUGGAUGGUCGAAUUCAGAUUACAGUCGGGAGCCCCUGGGUAGAAAUGUUUCCUGCAAUUAUUUUUAAGCAACCUGGGAGAGUGACUGGGGCCAGCUCAUUGACGUCUUUAGUUGGAUGUGAGGGGUGUGGGAGUAGACUGAAUAUACAGGAACACUUUUUUAAAAAAAGGGCAGCCCUCUUGUUCACUGCAGUGACACAACCCAUUUGUUCUGUGAGUGUUUUCCACUUUCCUUGGCUUGGCAUGUUGAAGCAAGGGGUGGAAAAAAACAACAACAACCAACCAGCACUGAAUUGCAAUUACCGUAUUUUUUCGUGUAUAAAACGCACUCCCCCCCAAAAAAAUGUGGGUGGAAAUGUCUGUGCGUCUUAUAGAGUGAGUGUUGCCAAAGCCCCGCCCACUUGCCCGCCGACACCCUUCGGGUUCUGCCUCCCAGCAAUUUGCCUCCUUGCAGCAAACAGCCCGGUCAGCUUCAGCACAGCCUGAUUUAGCACGAGCAGCUGACUGGAGGUUGGAUCGGCCUCCCGGAAUACCUCCUAUCAGCUGUUCCAGGCUGCAGGGAUCGCCACUGUCCAUCAGCGCCGGUGCCACUUAUCGCCGCCUCUGCAUGCCCCAUUUUCAGCCUCUCCCUGCCCCAAUUUUGGCUCGUUCCAGGCGGUAUGGAUAGGGAGCAGUGGCAAUCCCUGCCGCCUGGAACGGGCUGAAAAUGGGGUGUGCAGAGACCGAAAAUAGGGUGUGGAGCCUGAAAAUGGGGCACGCAGAGGUGACAAUAUGUGGUGGCGGCAAUGGCGGCGGCGAUCCCUGCAGCCUGGAACAGCUGAUAGGUGGUAUUCUGGGAGGUCUAUCCAACCGCCAAUCAGCUGCUUGUGCUAAAUUUAUUUAUUUUAUUUAAUUCAAUUUGUAUACCGCCCUUCUCCCGAAGGACUCAGGGCGGUUCACAGCCAAUAAAAUACAUAUAAAAGACAUAUCAAACAAAUUAAGAACAAUAUAAAAAACUGAUUCAAUUUAUGGCCAAUAAAAAACUAAAAUAAGAAUAAAAACCCCAUUUAAAACUAUUAAACAUUUAAAAUCCCAUAAAAACAUUUAAGACCCCAUUUAAAACCCCAUUUAAAAUUGUAUUUAAGCUAAAUCAGGUUGUGCUGAAGCUGAGCAGACUGUUUGCUGCAAGGAGGUAAAUUGUUGGGAGGCAGAGGCAGAUUUUUUUUUCUUGCUUUCCUCCCUAGGUGCGUCUUUUAGUCCGGAGUGUUUUUAUAGUCUGAAAAGUACGGUAUAUUCCUGCUCACUCUUAAAACACAUGCAAAUGUUUUAAUCCCCUGCCUAAGUUACAAUUUAAGCAUAUUUACUCAGUUCCUCUCCCACCGUUUUCUGUUCUCGAGUGAUUCUGGCUACGUAUUUUUUCUAUUAUAGUAUCAGAGAUUUUUUUAAAAAAAAGACUUGUAAAUUAAAGGCAUGGGUGAUUUCAUGGAAUCAGGUUGGCCAGCGCCGGCUGAGAUUGUGACACUGAGGUACCUGUUUUGUGUCUUAAGACAAAUAUUGCAGAGAAUUCCCACCCGAUUUUUUUUUAAGUUAAAAUGGACACAACGGGAGGUGGGAGGGGUGGGCGGAGGGACGUUUGCCAGCAAUUGUACAGAGGAAUAGCUACGUCUACUGUAAAUUUCUUAAUUUAUCAUUGUACAAAAAAAAAAGUCUUUCCUAUUUAAUUUUUGUAUCAAAAUAAAUUUUUUUUGUUUUAUUAAAGCGUGUGACGUGGUAAUGAGUUAUCUUGCAUCCUAAGUCACAAUAAAGAAGAAUUGUGGAACUUUG